CGGCGAUGGAAAUGUUCUGUAUCUGCGCCAGCACGGACACAUGACGUCGCAUUUCAGGUUCAGGGAAACAGGGCCAGUUUGGUGGGGGUGGGAAUGGGCAGGGCCUGUGUAGAGAAGGAGAGUGUGAGGAGAUGAAACACAGAGAGGAAGAAGGGCAGCAGGUGCAAAGAAUCUUGUUUGACAUUCCAAGGAAUCUUCUAGACCUUAAUCCACGGAGAGCCACUGAAGGACUUUAUGCCGAGUGAUGAGAUGCCUGCAUCGCAGCCUCCUGGGUCCCCGAGGAGGCACUGCUCCUCUGAGCUCCGUAGCACCUCUGACACCCCAGUCACGCUGGCUCCCGUCAUCGUCACCGUCCUACACGAACAGUUUGCUGCCAUCUUAGCCUGAAAGAACCUCCCCACACCCUUCCUGGACACGUCUUCCUCUUCCUUCAAGCCUUUGCUCAAGGCCCCAAACAACUUCGCCCAGUCCCCAGCCUGCCCUGCCUGCGACCGGAGCCAGCUGCUGCCACCCCUCAAAGGCUCGCUCACCCAUCCCUGCGCCCUGCCCGCUCUGGGUCCCAGAGGCUGCAAUGGCCUGCCGCUCCUGCAUCGUCGGCUCCGGCAACCUCAACAGCUGUGUUGUGACCCAGGCAAGCAGUCCCUGGCCUGGGACCUCCGGCUGGAGCAAUUACAGGGCCCCCGAGCUGGGCUUCAGCUCCAGCAGCCUCACAGGCUGCCUGACAGCUAGCACCAUCCCCAAGGUGACCGUGAACCCCAGCCUGCUGGUACCUCUGGACCUCAAGGUGGACCCAGCCAUCCAGCAGCAGAAGAGCCAGAAGAAGGAGGAAAUGAAGGUCCUCAAUGAUAAAUUUGCCACCCUGAUUGGCAAGGUGCAAGCCCUGGAGCAGCGCAACCAGCUGCUGGAGACCCGCUGGCGCUUCCUGCAGAGCCGGGACUCGGCAGCCUUCGACCUUGGACACCUCUACGAGGAGUACCAGGGCCGACUGCAGGAGGAACUGCGCAAAGUGAACCAGGAGGGGGCCCAGCUUGAGGCCAAACUGCUGCAGCAGCUUGAGAUGGUGAAGGAGUUUCAGAUCAGGUAUGAGGAUGAGAUCUCCAAGCGCACGGACAUGGAGUUCACCUCUGUGCAGCUGAAGAAGGACCUGGAGGCAGAGUGUCUUCGACGGACAGAACUAGAGACCAAGUUAAAAUGCCUGAAGAGCUUUGUGGUACUGAUGAAAAGCAUCUACGAGCAGGUGAGAAGAUGGGGCCAGGGUCCCGCUGAGCCGUGGGUAAGGGAUGCAGGGGAGGCAAAGGUGUCCAGCGGGUCGUGGAAACUUCAGCAGGCACUCAUUAUUGCCGCUGUCAAUAAUCCAACGUGUCCCCUCGUCACUCAUUUCAUGGAGUGUGGCAGGUUCCCACAAAGCCUCUCUCAGGGAGAGCCCUGCCUUCAUGUGUGCUGGAGCGCUGAGGGCAUGCAGGGGACCAGGUACAUCAAGGGUCAAGAGGUGGCCUCAGAGCAGGGAACCAGGAGGCCUUGAACAACCGUUCUAAUUGAAUUAACCUCUCUCUCAUCCCCGUAGCCUAACUUGCAGACACCCACAGUUCUAGCUCCGAUAGGCCUUCACUGCACCCUCCUCCAUUUUGGGGUCAGGCAGGGAAGACCUAUAGUCAGAUUCUCUGGUUCCCAGACAACACUAGCUCCUGCCAGACAAAAAUGACGCAGUAGGGACUUACCUGGCAGUCCAGUGGUUAAGACUCUGCACUUCCACUGCAGGGGGCAUGGGUUCGAUCCCUGG